AUGGCUGCCAUGUUCAGUCAGAACCCCCUCAUGAACGGGCCCAACUAUUCCUUCAACGAUGCGCCCAGGGCAGCAGCUCCCGAGGGAGCGCGGCAGCAUCGUUUUGACCCAUACACGGACAACGGCGGUUCGACGCUUGCCAUCGCUGGCGCCGAUUUCACGAUCAUGGCCGGCGACACCCGUUUGACAUCAGGCUACAGCAUCAACUCGCGAUACCACCCCAAGCUUUUCAAGAUCGGAGGCACCACAGCAGAUCAGAAGGACGCCACCAUCGUCUUGUCCGUUGUUGGCUUUGCAGCGGACGGGGAGCCUUGA